AUGGAGGCGACAGAUAUCGUAGACACGAUCUCCGCAUGUGAGCGUGCAACAGUCCACGUCGGAAACAAUUACAAUACAUUCCACGAGAACAAGGCCGAGGCCAAGCGCCUUCGAAUCCUUCAACACUUGUAUCAAGCAACUGAAGCCGCAUCUGGUUUUCCCAAUGACUAUGAGUCGUUCAAGGAGCGCAAUCCUCCGCACGUUGCUGGCACCUGCGAGUGGCUUCUCACCAGCGAGCAAUACUUGCAGUGGAUACAGGCACCAGGGUCGAGUUUCCUGUGGCUCAAUGCCGAUGCUGGAUGUGGAAAGUCAGUGCUGGCGUCGACAAUUGUGGACAAACUGCGACACAGUCAGCCAGGAGCGAUAAUCUGCCAUUUCUUUUUCCGAGACGACAACAAACUUCAGGCUGAUGGGGUGGCCGCGUUGCAAGCGCUUUUGCAUCAGAUUCUGUCCGCUAGAGCGACGAUCCCACGCACCCUAGGUACCGAAUAUGAUAACAAGGGGGAAGCAGCAUUGGCUCAUUUUCAAAGCCUGUGGAGGAUCUUUCUUAGCGUGGUGGCCGAGGGUGCCAGCACCGUUUUCUGCAUCCUCGAUGGGCUCGAUGAGUGCGAAAGCACAACCCAAGCCUUGCUAGCGACGGCCUUGUCAGUUCUGUUCGAGCGAACCUCCGUCGAAAGUCAAUCUGACGGGCCACGGAAAGCAGCGUAUAUCAAAGUGUUCCUCACAGCACGCCCCCUUAAUGCCAUCACAACCCGACUGCGCAAGGUGGCGUACUGUCGUCUGAGAGGUGAAGAUAGACGUCAGUGCUAUGGCUCUGAUAUUCAGCUAGUGAUAGACAAGAGUCUAAGCGAGCUGGUUGUGGAGGACCUCAUUGAGCCAGCAACAGAACAUCGCCUUCACAAGGAGCUCCUUCGCCAACACGACAACACGUUUCUCUGGGUAGCUUUGAUUAUGAAGCAGCUACGGGAAGAUGCCGAAAACGGGGCAUCAGAGAUGGAACUGAUCGCAGCGCUCCGGGAUAACAGCAUAUACGCACUAUACACCAAGUUUCUCGACCAGUGCGUUAAACAGUGUCGGAAUCUGUCGAUGGUGAGUGCGAGGACCUCGAAGACGGAGUUCACGCCCCUCAUGCUGGCCGUGAUGCAUCAGCAACCAGAGAUCGUAGAGGCCUUGUGCAAUAUGCGUUCCUUCAGCGAGCUUGUCAAUGAAGCAGAAUAUAAUGGGCGCAGAGCCCUGGACUAUGCUCUAGCCCUCAUGGACCAAAAAAUGCUUGAUUGCUUGGACAGGCACGGCGCCAGGUAUAGUGGCAACCAUGGUAUUAGGCUCAUUAGAAGAGGAAAGCAAGAUACUUCAACCACCAAGUACGACUCUGUCCCAAUAGAUCACACCGCUGCAGUGUGGUGCGGUUCAAAGUCUGAAGCAUCAAAUAAGCGGAUCCAAAGAAAUCAAGAUAGGGCUUUUCAACCCCCACCCUUGAUGGUAGAGGAGAUAGAAAAAGAAACAUGCAAAUCAAUUGCCGCAUACCACUGGGUGCAGGAAGAGGCUCGAAUGUCGAGAACACCAAUCCCGGUAAACAUGCAGAUCGAGAUUGGAAUGACCCCACGCAGGGAAUUCGCCUCCCCGCCCAUCUGGACACUCGACCGGACACCGUACGAGAUUCUCGGCAUCGCUGACCACGAACGGUCGGACAUUGCUCUGAUCCGCAACCGCUGUAGAGAAAAAGCGCUCCAAGUACAUCCUGACCGCCAGCACGCGCAAAGGGGACAGGAGGAGAAGGACGCUGCCGCACUGUUCCAUGAGAUCAACGAUGCAUACGCGAUACUGCGCGAUCCAGAGAGAAAAUCUCAGUACGACUCUGAGCAGUUGUCCGCUGGCGAAAGUGAUUCAAGUUGGGGUUCGUUGCUCGUGAAGCCUGAGCUGGAGUACGCAUGUGUUCCGCCACAGCUAAUACGCCAGCUCAACCUCAAUCAGCGUCGCCGGAAGCCCCCAGACAAUGAACUCUCGGGGUUACAAACACAAACUAUGUAG